AUGGGCAUUUUCCAACUCUUUGCUCUAGGGGUAUGGCCAGCCACGGCUGUAGCAUCCCCAUUUUUUGCAUAUUCGCCGGAGCAACUGGCGAAAGAAAAUCCUCCACAAGCGAAGCUCCAAAGUAACUCUCCCGCGGCGACUACCGACAGCCACCAUGUCGUUCCGGAUAAGAGGGCCACAGACGCAGCUCCUCAACUGAUGGCCCGCGGCUGCACAACGACGAUACGUAACAACAACAUCCCUUGCUACUGGGAUGGUACAGAGACGCUGUACUCGGCAACAAGAACUAUGACGGCUCCAGUCGACUGCCACGGCUGCUCAGAUAUCUAUAUUCGGCAAGACGUCUAUUUCUGCCCAGUGGAGAAGAUAUACACCACUCUCUGGGCUCCCAACCCCAGCACAACUUGGAUCACAGUCUGCGCAGCGUCUACUCAGAAAGCCGUCAACUUGAACAAGCAGGACAUUCUCACAAACGACGCCGCGUUGCCCGGUCGAACCCGAGCUCCGCAUCCGGUCCCAACCGGGAUAUAA